CGUAGGCUGCGUGUGAUUCUGUCUGUUGUCCUGCAGAAGUGGUACAGCCCACGCGGAUCGGUCGCUAUGGAGAGCAGCUCCCCAGGAGCGCGAGCCAGCCAGACAGAGCAGCGACAAGCGAGGAGGAAGGAUCAGAGAGUGCCAAAGCGCACAAACAGACAGGAAUCAUGGAGAAGAGAUCACCGCUCAAGAGGACUUUUCCAUCUAACGGACUGCGACUGUUAGCAUCACUUCUCACCUUUUACGGACUUUCCUCAGGUGUGAGCAGUAACCAGGUGCUGGUCCCCGAGAAAGUGAAUGCAGUGCUGGGGAAGAACAUCACACUGAGCUGCAGAAUAGAGGUGGGCUCCAACCUCACACAGAGCUCCUGGGAACGUCGUCUCCCUUCAGGCACCAUUACCUUGGCAGUGUUCAACCCCGAGUUUGGAACCUCCAUCUCUGCAGAAUACACCAAGCGCAUCUCGUUUGUUUCCCCCUCGGUACGAGAUGCUUCCAUUACCAUUGAAGGAGCUGGCUUUGCAGAUGUCGGGUCCUACACCUGCAAAGUGGUAACAUUUCCUCUGGGCAAUACACAAGCAUCAACCUACGUUAAUGUAUUAGUGGAGCCAAAGGUGUAUGUGUCUGCUGGCCCCACAGCUCUGCUCGAUGGCGGGAACGAGUCGCUGGUGGCCACCUGCAUAGCCGAGCGUGGCCGUCCCGCCGCUGAGGUAUUCUGGGAGACGGAGCUUUACGGACGAAGUGAGAAACAAAGUCAGGAUGAGGCCAACGGCACCACCAGCGUACACGUGCGCUACCUGUGGCCACCGCAGAGCUACGCACAGGGGAAGACCCUCACCUGUGUGGUGCGCCACCCGGCCCUGCAGACAGAGUUCCGCAUACCCUUCAUGCUAAAUGUUCAGUUUGCUCCAGUGGUAUCGAUAAUAGGAGGUGACAAAAAUUGGUAUGUGGGUCAAGAGAAUGUGAAGUUCACCUGUGGAGCCAAGGCCAACCCACCUGCCCGUGAAUUCACAUGGACCAGGUUGGACAGAUUGAUGCCCGAGGGUGUUGAGAAGUCAAACAAUAGCUUUGCUUUCACUCGCCCGUUGGAGCGCAAUGACUCUGGCGUGUACCGCUGUCUAGUGGUAAACGACAUCGGUUUCCACAGUCAAGAUGUAACCCUCUACGUUCAAGAUCCUCCCCCCACCACGGCCGCCCCCAGCACCACUGCAUCGCUCCUCCGCGACACCUCUGGAUCCGGCACCGCUGUGGACGAGCGGAAAGCCCUGUUUACCUCCCCGACCCUGGCAUCCCUCCCCGACGGCAGCCUGGGCACUAUCGUCGGUGGGGCCGUAGGCGGCGUUUUAUUCCUGAUUCUCUUACUGAUCCUCGGCGGGGCUUGCUUCAUGCGACAGCGCAGGACCUUCCGAGGAGACUACUACACCAAACAGUACCUGGGACCCUCUGACAUGCAGAAGGAGUCCCAGCUGGACGUGCUGCAGCCGCACGAGCUGCAGGAGGUCUACGGAGACAAGACGAGCAAAGGCAGCCAGGAGCUGAAACCCAAACUGGGCGGAGACAUCAUCUACCCCGACUACAUCCCCGACCACAAGGAUAGGGACGACUGGGCCGACAAGGGGGGGGUCCACAGGGGCCUCAAGGAGGGAAACUACUACCCAGAUCACUACAACACCCAGAACAUACACCCCUGUGGGCCUCCUGUGCACAGCACCAUAGUGGCCAACGGCUCCCCCUACCUCCCGGAGGACUGCUAUGACAAUGGUACAGACAGCGACUACGUGUCCCACAUGGACGGAUCUGUGAUCUCACGCAGGGAGUGGUAUGUUUGAGGAGAAGAGCGAAGGAGGGGAAAAAACCCAGACGAAAUUCAAACGACUGAUUGAGAAUGAUUUAACAAGUGACAGAUAUAAAUAUCGUUAAAGGUGUUAUUUCAGUUAAAGGAUGAAUACAAUAUCUCAGCUGAGUUACACAACGAGCUCUUUGAACAAUACUGCUCUGCCUUGAUUGUAACCACUUAACCUUAAUGACGUCUAUGUGGAUUGUAUUACACUUUUGUAGCUUUUCAAGGAGCAACAAAUACAUUGGAGUGCCUCAGUGAUAUUAUCUGUGGCUAAUAUUAUCGGGCUUAAGAAGCUUUGGCAUACAGUGAAGUUUGGACGGAUGUGAAUGAGGUUUUGUAUUCUGCUUGUUUGUGUAUUCAACACAGGUGAGGUGUUCAGACCCUUGUUAGUGAAGUAUUUAUAUCCCUGACCGAUGGAGCUCUGCUCUCAUAAAACCUUACAACUUCUGUGGCAUUUUUCAAAAUGGUCUCUUGAUCGCUUAGGACGUUUUGAUACUGUUGAAAUGUUCAUCAUGGCUGCAACCAGUAUUUAAAGCAAAUUAUAUUGCAUGUGUUUUUUAAAAGCAAGAUGUAUCAUCACGUAAAAGGGAAGGUUUGUCAGUCACGUUGUUUAAAAGGGAGAAUUACACUGACUAACAAACUGACUGAUGCCAGUACAGUACAAAGAAAAUCCUCUCGUUAACCUCUGCUUAGUUCUUCAGUGGCUUUCUCAAACUUGCUGUAUCUUCAGUCAGGUUUCCAGCCUGUCAGCUGACAGAGAGAAGACCCUCCCUGUGGAAGUUCUUUUACUUUUAGCUUCAGUUCAGCUUAUUUAUUUUACAGAUAUCUCUCUCCCGUGGUUACCGUAGUGACAGCACGUGUGGUUGAAUACUGCAGCAGACACUCCUUGAGCAGCUACUUUUUACCGGAGCAGCAACUGGUGAAUCUUGUUAAAGGUCCCAUGACAUGGUGCUCUUUGGAUGCUUAUAUAGACCUUAGUGGUCCCCUAAUACCAUAUCUGAAGUCUUUCCAAAAAUUCAACCUUGGUGCAGAAUUACAGCUGUCAGAGCCAGUCCCACUAUGAGCUUUCCUUAGUAUGUCCAUAUCCAUUUAUGAGUCUGUUGCUUUUGACGAGGAGGGUGGGGGGGCAAGGUGGAGACUGGGGGUGUGGCCUUGACCAACUGCCAUUUUGCUUGUUUGAAAGCCAUGAUGUCUCUCUCUCAUGGGUGGGCCAAAUUCUCUGGGAGUGCAAGGCAGAGAAAGGGGACGUAACCUUGCCUCUUAUGACCUCAUAAGGGGCAAGAUUCCAGAUUGGCCCAUCUGAGCUUUCAUUUUCUCAAAGGCAGAGCCGGAUGCCCAGGAUUUACACCCAUCACCAUUUGUAGCCACUGGGGGAACUCAUAGUAAUGUUAUUCAUUCAAUGUUAUUCACCCCAGAAAGUGAAAUUUUCAUGCCAUGGGACCUUAAAAAAUAAAUAAAUAAAUAGUCCACCGACAAAACAAAUGCCGAAAAUUACAGUUGUCGUGCAUUUGUGAUAAACGAUUGCUUUCAGUGCUAACUGCAGUGACAAAUACUUUCCACUUCCUGUGGUUGCUUCACAAUAAAAACUGUAGUACAUGCAUGCAUUGUUUUCUCUGAAUCCCUCAGGUUUAGGAAGGAAUGGCAGACUCUGCCACUACUAAUAAAAACUGUAGAGAGAGAGGGGGGGUUAUAACUUUACCAAAUAUACUAUUAUCAUUAUUGAAAUGUGUUAAUCCAGUCACUUCCUUGCUGUAUAAAAGCACAACUCUGUCAUUACAGUUGUCAGUAAACAUCAAAGGAAGCCUACCAGGCUUUGGCCCCUCUCCACUUAGCCAUGAUAACAGGCUGCAUCGCUGUCUUUCCCAUUUUCCCUCCUCUGUAUCCUCUGAUUUCUGUCUGCACACAAACACCAAUUGGUCAUUAUAGUUUUUAUUUUAAACAUGGGAUCAAAGCAAUGAGUUUUAAAUACCAGAUGUGACUAUCACAGCUGUCAUCAUCUGACGUUAUGUGGCUCCAUAAACCACCGACAGCUUUGCUGCUCCCGCUCACACUCCGCGACCGUGAUUCAUGAUGGUAAAUUAGCACACACACACACACACGGGGGGAAAAAAAGGUUGGACUGCAUAGAAAGAGGGGACACUGAUAAACUGAUCCCCUUAGCUUAAGUUUGUAUCUUUUGAAGAACGAUUGCGCGAAUACCUCUCAGCCCAGUUGGAAAUAUUGUGCGCGGCUGACAUCACUGCGAUCACAGAACGGGCUGUAAUGUUGGGGUUUGGCUCUUCCGUCGCUCCUCUGAGGAUAUUCAGCGAUCAUGGAAACUAGAAAUGGAAUCCAUGAGUG